UCUGGUUACCUCGAUCGUGUACUUCCUUACCCCCACCACCCUUGUGGUCCACCCAUCCAUCCAUCUGUCAGUCCAUCAUUCCGUCGCUGCUGCGGAUAUCAUGAAGUGGAAAUCGGAUUUCGACAAGUUCGUUUUGAUUUCGAGUUUCGAGAAGCGUGGUUGGAUCCCAACCCGUGAAGGAGAAGAGGAUUGGAACCUCUACUGGGCCAACGUUCACAACAUCAAAGGGCUGUUCGCGACGGACAGCAACAUGCGCCUGAGCGACAACCAGUUUGUAAAUCAUUUCCCAAACCAUUACGAAAUCACUCGAAAGGACCUGAUGGUAAAAAACAUAAAACGGUAUCGAAAGGAAUUGGAGAAGGAGGCAGUGGCGUGCGGGAUGUCAUUGGUUAAUGGAAGCAGCGGGGGAUACGGAGGGGGAGGGGGGGGCGGGGGGGGAGGGGGAGGGACGGGGAUGGCAACGGCAGACAAAGCUAGUGCAGUAGAGGGGUUGUUGGAUGGCUUGGACUUCAUACCACCCUCCUACGCUCUCCCUGCAGAUUACAGUCUGUUCGUCGAGGAGUUCAGAAAACAACCCAACAAUACAUGGAUUAUGAAACCCAGCGGAAAGGCGCAGGGGGUGGGAAUCUUCUUGAUCAAUAGAUUGUCCCAAGUGAAGCGUUGGGCACCCGGCGGAGUCCGAGGAGUGCAGUGUUCGAUACCCGGCAAAGACGUCUAUGUUAUCUCCAAGUACAUCACCAAUCCCCUCUUGGUGGGGGGCAAGAAGUUCGACCUCCGCAUCUAUGUGCUCGUCACAUCUUAUCGCCCCCUGAAGGCCUACAUUUCAAAGCAAGGUUUUGGACGAUUUUGUAACGUGAAGUACUCGACAGAGCUGGACGAGCUAGAUAAUCAGUUCAUUCACCUGACGAAUGUGGCCAUCCAGAAGCACGGUGAGGAGUACAACGGUAAACAUGGGAACAAAUGGCCUCUAGAAAACAUACGAUUGUUUCUGACGGCUACCAGAGGCCACGUGGCAACGGACAAGCUUUUCAAAGACAUAAAAACUCUCAUUAUACACUCGCUGAAGGCAUGUCAGAACGUGAUCAUCAACGAUCGGCAUUGUUUCGAGCUGUACGGUUACGAUAUCAUCGUCGACUCCAACCUUAAGCCCUGGCUGAUUGAGGUAAAUGCCUCGCCAUCGCUGUCGGCUACAACUCCUGCUGACCUGGCACUGAAGUGCCAGGUCAUCUCCGACGCGCUGGCCAUCGUCAUCCCGACGCAUCAGCCUCCUGAUAGGAGACGGCAGGGCUGCCGAACAGAACCAGGGACAGCAGCAGGGGGAGGAGGAGGAGGGGCCGCAGGGGCCGCUUCUGGAAAAGCGGUUGGGCAUCCGAAGAGCCAGGGGGGGGCACCUGCAGGUGCUCCCGCCGACGCUGACCUUGGCGCGCUCAGGCAUACUAGCCUUGGUUAUCACUCUGGAAACCAGGGCUAUGGAUGCUUCCAGGUACUGUACGAUGAGGCGAAGAUCCAGGAGUUGGAGCGAGCAAGGAAAGAGAUCCCCGAGCUAGACCAUCAGAGGCGUAGUAAGCGACACUCUGGGGGGGGGAUCAGGAGAACCUUCCGCUCCAGAGAGUGGGCUUUCUAGAGCAAAACGAACGAAUUGAAGGGCUAGAAAAGACUCGUGACAGGAUCUCAGAAGCAUACGAGAGA